UUCCAGCCAUCACUCAUUGGAAUGGAAGCGGCUGGAAUCCAUGAAACCACUUACAACUCCAUUAUGAAGUGUGAUGUCGAUAUCAGGAAGGAUCUCUAUGGAAACAUUGUGCUUAGUGGUGGAUCAACUAUGUUCCCUGGAAUUGCUGACCGGAUGAGUAAGGAAAUCACUGCCCUGGCUCCUAGCAGCAUGAAGAUCAAAGUGGUGGCCCCUCCUGAGAGAAAAUACAGUGUCUGGAUUGGAGGCUCAAUCCUAGCUUCUCUCAGCACCUUCCAGCAGAUGUGGAUAUCCAAGGGUGAAUAUGACGAAUCUGGUCCAGCUAUCGUUCAUCGGAAGUGCUUUUGAGCUAGGUGAAUACGUGAUUGGUGAUAUGGCCCUCAUUGUCUUUGUCUUGCAAGGUCCAGUGUGGCUUGUCUUGUGUCAUAUGUGAGUUUAAGUUUGGUCUAGUUUUGAAGCUUGGGUUAUUGAUAGAGGUGCUUGCAAUUGUUAUAGUUUGGACUACCAAAAAAUUGCAUUUUAAGUAGGUCUUACGGGCCAACCCAUGAUUGGCAGUGGGUGGCUGGAGAUGGAUCUUUGUAAACCUGUUUGCAUGUUUUACAGUCUCUUAUGUUUCAGACAUGGCUUUUUUAGGCCCUUUGUCAUAGGAGAUGAGGCAAGUUUUGUCCUACUUUUUCUCCCCUAUAUAGGAUUGGAAGUUCUUGUUGAUAUGUAUUUUCGGUAUGGGAUUGAUAUGCUCUUGUCCAAGAUCCGACUGAUUUUCACCAGAAUAAGUAGUGAAUUGAUUUUAUUGUGUGCUUAAUCAGGUUACCAAGGUUUAUGUAUAUCAUGGUUGAUGGUGGUGUGGGUGAUGUUUCUAGGGCGGAGUUUUUUUUUUCUUCGAGUGAUUGAUGAAUGAAAUUCGCUCCCUGCCCUAAAACAAUAUUUGGUCAUCGAAUAUUUUGGCUGCCUGAAACAGUUAAAUGAACAUUUGUUAGUUUGUUCA